AUGGAUCCUGUCUGUCAUAUUUUUCUUCUUCUUCUGGCCUUCCACAAGAUAAACCCAUCAGUUUCAUCUUGCAUCACAGGAUGCUCUUGUUCUCAGGACAGCUUUGGAAGGAGUUUGCUCUGCAUGUCUGCACUGCUGAGGCAGAUCCCUGCAAACAUCCCUCAGGACAUCCGGAAAAUUAGAAUAGAAAAUUCUCACCUAACAGAAUUGCCUCGUGGCUCUUUUGAAAACGUUAGUGCCUUGGAGUAUCUGUGGCUCAAUUUUAACAACAUCACCGUGAUGCACAUCAAGAGCCUGGAAUACCUCCCAGCUCUGAAGGAGCUGCGCUUGCAAGGGAACAAAUUAAGUUCGGUGCCAUGGACAGCAUUUCAAGACACCCCGACUCUGAAAAUCCUGGAUCUGAAGCACAACCGGCUGGACGUCCUUCCAGAACACGCACUCCGCUACCUGCCCAACCUGACCUACUUAGAUCUAUCCUCAAAUCAGCUUACCAUCAUAUCCAGGGAUGUCUUCUACAACUGGCCUGUCUACCAGAGAAGCCAGAGGACGGAGGGGCCGCUGGAAGCCAUUUCCAAUGCCGUCCUGGCCCUCCAUGACAACCCCUGGAUUUGCGACUGCCGCCUGCGGGGAUUCGUCCAGUUUAUCAAGUCUGUGGGCCCACCUAUUAUUCUGAUGAAUUCCUAUUUAACUUGCUCAGGCCCAAAAUUCAGGACAGGGAAGUUUUUUCACGAAGUGGAGCUUAACAGCUGCACGAAGCCCCUGACCUCAGCCCUUGACACCAACCUGACAGUCCCAGCAGGGCUGAACAUCACCCUGACCUGCUUUGUGCAAGCCAGCCCUUCCCCAGCUGUCUGGUGGACCUAUGCACUCAAACUUUUAAGGGCAUUUAAUGUGUCCACGGAGCCCAUCAGCGAGGACACCGUGCGCUCGGAGCUGCUGAUCCCGGCGGCACGGCCAGCAGACGCCGGCAACUACACCUGCACAGCCGCAAACUUCCUGGGCAACACCUCGGUGGCCAUCAGCCUGCGCGUGGUGGCCCCGUGGGCCUCCACCACGGCCCGCGGCUGGGGGGCGGCGGCGGCGGCCGAGCCGGGGGAGACCUGGUACACGCUCCUGGUGGGCCGCUACGACGCCGCCCAGAAGGACACCAUCUACAUCGGGCCCGGCGUCAACACCUACUCGGUGACCGACCUGCUGCCCGCCACCAAGUACGAGGUGUGCGUGGCCGUGCGCAACCAGGCUCCCCGCAAGGGCCAGUGCGUCGUCUUCGUCACGGGCAGCGACGUCAGCCAGAUGGAGCAGCGCGAGAAGCUCAUCCACAUCGUGGUCAUCGUGUGCGCCAUGGUGCUGGCCGUGCCGGCCGGCAUGUACGCCUGCACGGCCGAGUUCAAAUUGCAAAGAAACCUGGAUUCCAAGGAGCUCCGGGGUUUGACUGCAGCCACGGAGGGGGCCAGGCAGCUUCAGUACAAAUUACAGGGGUCUGGAGUGGUGAGGAAGGGGCAGAAGCAGCUGGCCAAGCAGGAAAACCUUGUCCUGGGAAAGCCCUGUGCAGACACAGCUAAUACAGAGCUGCAUGAGCUGAUGCUGGUGAAGACCAGUGUGGGGCCGUGGAGACCUCCAAAGCAGGGGCAGCCUGAGUCCCUGUUCACCCGGGGAGACUGGCUGGCACACUCAGCACCGUGGUCAGACACAGCUGCAGGGAGGAACCACGGCACACGGCGCAGGAACCGCAGUGCCGACUGGACACGGAGGCAGCGCUUCUGCGGGGGUGACUGUAGCACGUGGUACUUGUGGAAGGCGAGGGGUGGCUACCGCAGCGAGAAGCUGCUCUGGUUCACAGGGUGCUGA